UCAGCCGCUUUUCCUCAUAAAAGAAAAAAAAAAAAUCAGCAACUAGAUCAUGUCUUGCUCUCUUUUAGUAGGACUUUUCUUCUUCUUCUUCCUCCGCCUCCUUCGCCGUUAACAACGCCGUUACCAUUCCGUCUGUUCCGCCGUGAGUUCUUCCACCCAAAACUUUCGAUGGAACGCGAAUCCGCGUCAUUGUGGCAAUUGAGCUUUGUUGUUCCUCCUAAUCACGAAACUUUGGACUUUAAGUUCCUUUUGAAGCCCAAGUACAGUAAUGUACCUUUUAUAGUUGAGGAAGGUCCCUCUUCACUCAUCUCUUUCUAUGAAUAGGCAUAUAACAGGAACUUCAGUUCAAGUGCCUAGAAUUAGUGCGCUAUUUUGGGGAUCUAAGAAGUCUGCAGCACCACCACAGGAGGUGGACUUUUCACUUGGAGAUUUCACUUUGACAGGGUCAACGCCAGAGGGCAUUUCAGCAAAUGAAGUGAAAUCUAAAAGGAUAUCAGUUUCAGUUGUUUCUUCAAUCUUAGAGGUUUCACCUAACGACUGGGAUGCGUGCGCUUUGGAUGCCAUAGGUCCUGAAAAAUAUAAUCCAUUUCUUACACAUGGUUUUCUUUCGAGCUUAGAGGAGUCUAACUGUGCAGUGAAGGAAACAGGAUGGAUGCCACGCCACAUGAUUGUGAAGGAUGAAUGUGAAAAUAUUUUAGGUGUUGUUCCACUCUAUCUUAAAAGCCAUUCCUAUGGUGAAUUUGUUUUUGAUCAUUCUUGGGCCGAUGCAUACUACAAUUUUGGGGCAAGAUAUUAUCCGAAGUUGCAAUGUUGUGUACCUUUUACUCCAGUAACUGGUCCAAGAAUUUUAAUUUGCAAUGUCUUUCAAGGAUCAAGUUUUUGACAUUAUGGUCUCUGCUCUUAAGGAGCUGGCAGCCAAGGUAUUGGAUGAAUCCAAUGGUUCUUUAUUUUCAUGCGUUAGUUUGUUUAUGUUAAGCUAUUUCUAUACCUAUUGUUUGUAUUUUUUUCAUAUAUCUAUUCCAAAUUUAUUUUGAGUAUAGCUGUUGUUUCUCUGUCAAUGUGAGAAACAAGGAGACAUGUUUUAUUAAUUGGGUUAAUUGAAAAAUUCCUCUGUUUGAAUCGAUGUGAGAUAGAUGGUGUGACAUAUUAUAUUGUGUCUAAAUCAGGCGUCAGUUUCCUCUCUUUUCUGGAUUAGUACUGCUGAAGAUGCACCUGCACUUGUACAUGUUUAUAUAAUUUAAAUAUUCAGGGGAACAGUAUCUUCAUAUGAAAACUCAAAUUUGAUGUGUAUAUUACUAUCUUUACUUAAGUGCCUUUUGGGAACUUCCCUCACAUAUUUUUGUUGAUGAACAAUUGUUUGUAUUUCUA